AAUGUAGGACAUGCUCUAUAAUUUAGGGGUGUCUCCAAGAAGGUGAUUAUUGGGCAGAAAGUACAGCCCAAGCCCCUCUCCUGCUGGUGAACCUCUCUUUAGGUGCGCUAAAAAAUCGGGGAGAAGUCGAGAUGGCUAGUCAUGCCCUUGAGCUGGAACCUUAGAAGAUGGAAUGUUUCAUUUCAAUGAAGUGCACUGUGCAACUAGACUGCUGAAUGAAAGCUGGGUCCUGUGUUAAGCCAGGGGUGGGUGUGAACUGAACACGGGGAGAGUGCUGCAUACACCCGCUCACGGAGGAGCUGAUGAGUAACAAACAGAAUACCCUCCUCACUUCGAGCUUCACUACUCGGGACUGGAGCGCGUUAAUGUGAGUCUAUUUUUUUCUUCACGCCUUGACAGUAAUACGACCUCGGGCAAUCACGGAUAAAGCCCCAAAGAAGUGUGAAAUGUGACAGAAUACGUGUGGUCACAUUAAGUGCUCAGGAACGGCGUUUCAAGCGGACAAAGAGCAAGAGUCGAACGAUCUUGACCUGAGGUGACAGAAGCUCUCAAAGACGGCAGCACAGCUCGAGCACAAACCCUGGGAGUGCGAGAAAAACAAAACAAAAAAAACAACAACAAAUGACCUAAAUCUGCUCAACGUCAGAAGUUGGUCUGUCACGCUGGUUCGCGGGUACUCCUCUGGGGUGCCCUCCACCCAUUUAUCUGGGAGUACAACAAAGGAAAUGAGAUGCGUUUGGAUAGAACAUUUAAAUCUAACUAUUCAUAGCGCGUGUCUGUAUGUAGGACGUGUGUUCGUUUUGCAAUGAUCUACAUGUGCAUAAUACGUCCUCUGGAAAUGUCAUGCAUCACAUUAUCCAAAGCACUGAUGCUGUGAUGGCUUAGCAGCCAGAUGUUUUAAAUUGUUACAGGGUACUUUGCUCUGCAAAUCAAUGUGAUGGCAGUGAACUCUGGCAGUGAAAGCGGUGCAUCAGGCACCACUCACGAGAGUAGCUCCAAGGCACCCCAUCGCAAUGGAUAUAUGAAAACACGUGUCGUCUCGCUCUGUCAGGACUCUGAAUGUGGAUUGUGGGAGAGGCUUAUUCUCAAUAAAAUAUGGACUUCCCAAAAGCUCCGCUCUGUGGUGUGUGUGGGGUCGCUUUCGGUUUUUCUCGCUCUGGUUGUUAAAUGUGUGGACUGGGAGACUGAACCUGGUAGUGACAGAACGUCAGCGUCCUUCAUUCAUUUUCUAUCCAGCUGCGCGGGGGAGCUAUUGCUAACUUUGUGGCAUGUUAUCUCGCCCAUUUUCACCCUAGCAUGUGCCUUCUUCUGGGUCGGUCUGUAUUUGAUCCGGUGUGGAAUAUGCAUUAAAACUUCUCUUUUCCUCCUCACCGUGUGCCACUUGGGCGAAGGCGCGGCGCGCUGCUUGGUUGACGGGGCGAAUGGUCAGACGUUCUCCCGUACGUCUGCCGUGGUGGUGCUCGCCUGCCUGGCAAGUAGCGCACUCAUGGUGCUGAGGCUCAAACAGGGGGUCUCCGUCAUCAUUUUCAUCAGCGUCCUCAGGACUAUUUCACUUAUAUCGCUGAACAAAGUACGAGGAGCUUGGAGACCUUACUUGGCAUACCUGGUCGGAGUGCUUGGAAUCUUACUAGCGAGGUAUGCUGACAAGGUCUUUCCGAAAGAAGGGAUUCACAGGGAGGGCUGUACCUCCGUGACUGGGUCGAAGGAAGAGGUCCCUGUAUUUAAAAGGCGAAGGAGGUCCAGCUCUGUAAUAUCCUCAGACAUGGCACACAGUCAGUCCAACAGCAAGUCACACAGGAGGACUUCAUUGCCAUGCAUACAAAGAGACCAGAUACUCUCCCACCCAGAAUGGGACCACAAGCGAGGCUCCAGAGGAUCACAGUCCUCUGGCACCAGUGUGACGGUGGACAUCGCGGUGAUGGGCGAGGCCCACGGCAUGAUCACCGACCUGCUGGCCGACCCGUCGCUGCCGGCCAACACCUGCAGCUCCCUGCGGGCCGUCAGCAACCUGCUCAGCACGCAGCUCACCUUCCAGCCGCUGCACCGGCCGCGCCUCAGCCAGCUGUCCGCUCUGGCUCCCGCCGACGCCUACGCCUGCUCGGACUCCGAGGAGGGCCCCGAGAAGAACGAGAAGCUCAGCAUUCCAAAACGCCUAAAGCACAGUUUGCCCCCUGGCCUGCUGCGAAAGAUCUCGUCCACCUGGACCACCACCACCUCAGCCACGGGGCUGCCCACGAUCGAGCCGGGGCCUGUGCGGCGGGACCGCAGUGCCAGCAUCAAGCCUUACCACGAACCCCUCGUCUGCAGCUGUGGGCGACCCUUCAGUAAACUCAGCCAUGGGGAGGGAUCUACAGACAGGAUACACCGGACAGAUGAUCCAUUGGUUGCGUCGUCUGACUAUGAUAGCAUGGCGGAGGCCAACCACAGUGACAGCAGUGAUCAGGGCCACAGCGAGGACCAACCUGACGGAGGCCAGAGAGCCUCAGACACGCCGGACGGCUGCAGGAGUUACCGCUCCCAGAGCAUCAUCCUGCAGCUCAUGCCUGCGGAGGAUAAGCCCAUCCUUGCUCCCGAGCCUCUGGUGAUGGAGGACCUGGAGCCGCUGAUGAGUCAGAUCAACAACUGGAACUUCCCCAUCUUCCGCCUGGUGGAGAGAACCCAGGGCAAGUGUGGCCGCAUCCUCAGCCAGGUCUCCUACAGGCUGUUUGAGGACACCGGACUCUUUCAGAUCUUCAAGAUUCCUGUGCCAGAGUUCAUGAACUACUUCCAUGCCCUGGAGAGUGGCUACAGAGAAAUCCCAUACCACAACCGGAUCCAUGCCACAGAUGUGCUGCAUGCCGUGUGGUACCUCACCACCCAGCCAGUGCCCGGUCUGCCCAGCCUCAUCCCCGACCACAGCUCUGCCAGCGAUUCCGACUCGGACAGCGGCAUCACCCACAAUCACAUGGGCUACUUGCUGUCCAAGACGUACCCCGCCUCGGAGGAGGGCUACGGCUGCCUGUCGGGCCUCAUCCCGGCCCUGGAGCUGAUGGCGCUGUACGUGGCGGCGGCCAUGCACGACUAUGACCACCCCGGCCGGACCAACGCCUUCCUGGUGGCCACCAGUGCCCCCCAGGCUGUGCUGUACAACGACCGCUCUGUUCUAGAGAACCACCACGCCGCCUCGGCCUGGAACCUCUUCAUGUCCCACCCAGAGUACAACUUCCUGGGUAACCUGGGCCACGUGGAGUUCAAGCGCUUUCGUUUCCUGGUCAUCGAGGCCAUCCUCGCCACAGACCUGAAGAAGCACUUUGACUUCCUGGCUGAGUUCAAUGCCAAGGUGGGCCAUGACGUAGGUACAGGCAUCAAUUGGUCCAAUGAGAAUGACAGACUCCUGGUUUGCCAAAUGUGCAUCAAGUUAGCCGACAUCAAUGGUCCUCUCAAGUGUAAGGAUCUUCAUCUGCAGUGGACGAAAGGAAUUGUCAAUGAGUUCUAUGAACAGGGUGAUGAAGAGUCCAGCCUGGACCUCCCCAUAAGUCCCUUUAUGGACCGGUCGGCGCCACAGUUGGCCAAGCUGCAGGAGUCCUUCAUCACGCACAUCGUGGGCCCUCUCUGCAGCUCGUACGACUCAGCCGCCCUCAUACCAGGCCACUGGGUGGAGCCCCCCGGAGGCGUGGAGAAGGAGGGGGGAGAGGACGGAGGAGGAGAGGAAGAGGCUCUGGCUGAGGAGGAAGAGGACACAGCGGAGGAGGAGGAGGAGGAGGAGGAAGAUGCUUCGACCAGCUCUGAGGCCUCACAGAGUCACGGCCCCAAGAAGCAGCGCAGGAAGGUCUUCUGUCAGAUCACCCACCAUCUGCUGGAGAACCACGAGAUGUGGAAGAAGGUGAUUGCCGAAGAGGAGCAGAAGGAGGACCAGGCAAACGACGCCUCCCUCCUCAACAACCCUGCUGAGCCAAUAACGGAGGAGGAGGAGCCCGGGAGUAAAGAGGAGCCCGCGGAGGGAGAGGCGGGAGAGGAGGAGGAGGAGGAGGAGGAGAGCCUCACGAUUCCGGAGGAGACUGACUCGCCACAGCCGGAGGGGGCCGGAGAGGAGCAGCCAGGAGCCCCAGAGGAGUGAACUGGUUGGGAAGCGUCUCCGUUUGACGCACCAACUUUCACAGAUCCAAUGUGAGAGACUCCAGCUCAUCACUAAAGAAAGAAGACACAACACUGUAGAGGGAGGGAGGAGUACGUGCCUGAAAAACAAAGGCGUCUUUUUUUUUGUGGUCCAGGGAGAGAGGGUCUCUCUCCUUCGCCUCUCGUCAAAGGCCUUAGGGGGACGUUUCUUCUACUUCUACUUCUUCGCCGCCUUUCAUUACCAAGGUCAGGUUUCGGGACACUCUGAGCCCGAGCAAGAAUCAACGCUGCAGCUGCAGGGUCUACAAGCAAGUCUCUCAGCCAGUUGUUCCCCUCAAGACCAGAAACUGCUAACCGGUCCCCUCCCCUAAAGACACUUCACAGACUUAUGCAAUGUUUUUAAAGGGUAAAUUAUUUUGAAAGUCAGCUGAGUGCUCGCCAAACAAAAAGCACCGAGCUGCGAUGGCCUACAGCCUGUUGGGGACGGUGGUGAGGAGGCAGGAAGGGGUCAUGGCAGUGUGAGCAUCUUUGGCCGCAGUGACGUGAGCAUCUUCAUUCCGCCCCGAAACCAAAUGGGAUAAGAUAAAGGGAAAGAAAACGAAAUGUGCGUUUAGACAGCUACAGCAGAGAGGACAAACAUUGAUUUGAUAUUAUUUCAUGACUAUGGCUCUUCAGGUUCUACACGGCACCAUCCAGAUUCAUGACACUCCUGUGCAGCACUGUAAAGCACAUGAAUGAGCACUUUCUCACCUUAUACUUUCACAAUCCAUAUGUCAGCUUUCAUCCCUUAAAAAGCAUUUUUGACUUAUAUUUAACAUCUAGUAUCAAAUUUGUGUGAAAUAUAUUUUACUUGUCGGCCCCAAAAAACAAACAGGCAUUUACAAAUUGGCUGAUUUCUCUAUGGAUUUUCCUCUUAUUGGACCUUUUAGCCUUGUUACUAGCAGUAGCGUAUCGUCAUGUCAACAUCCCUGCACCAUUCCUUCCUAAAUGUUGCAUCGUAAGUUCUUACCCCUACAGUUUGUACACUAGUGUUUGUGCACUUGUGCAUGUUGUUCAGGAGUAACAUUCAUAAGAGGAUCUCACACUCUCUUCUAGAACACUAAAGUGAACAGAACUCCACUCAGACACUCUUUGGUUUAUCACACAUUUCAUUGAAGUGGGCACAAAGCAUAUACAAUUUUUGAGACUAAUGAUUUAAACACUGGUAUUGUCAGUGGCAUUAUGUGGCAAAAACACACAUAUACUAGUGAAACUGUGUGUACAGUAGCCACUGCUCACGGUAGCAGGCUAGGGGGGUAGAGAAAAGUAGAGAAUGCUCCCCCCACCCCCAGAAAUGGGACAAUGCAUCAGCGGGUGUCUCAUGUGAUACAACCAGUAGCUGAACCGGUGCAUUUGUUAUGAACUCCCACCUUCAUCCAUCCCAAAUUGCUGCCCUUGAAUCCAUGUUCGGUGACGAUUACAACAUUCCGGGGCCCCUGCAAUUGGUUAUAAAUAGGCGGUCGGUGCGGAACAUGCUUCUCAAAGCCUCUGCAUGCUGCCUCAGUCAAACAGCCCUCUCUUUGAUCAGGCACCCUUAUGAUGUGAAUAUUUUAGCACAGCGGCUCCAGCAAUGCAUGUCACUAAUGCUGAGGCUUAUGCAAGAGGAGCAUGCUGGCCUGGUUCUUCAACGUCCAUGGAGAUCACUGAUGAAGUCGGGGGGGGGGGGGGUACCUCUGCAUUUUUUGCGCAGCACAUUUUCCACUCAGAAUCCACUUUCGAAGGAUCCGUGUUUGCCAGGAAAAAGUGCCAAAAAUAUUCCUCCUAUGAUUAUUCUGGCUCCAAACUUUAGCACUUCAAAUAGGAACAAAUUUGUCAUGUAGUUUCAGGUGGAUUGCAACCUUAGGACCUUAUGAGUUUCGAUUCUUUCAUCUCCCAUAAAAUCUCCUCUGAAGAGACCGGGUCCCCUUGAACCCUCCCAAGCAGACUGCGGAUAUGCACCGAAGACACACAAAUGUAAAACAUGCAUGAAGUUCACAUAAUGAUCUUAGCCUCCAGCAUAAGAGGAGUUGAUGGACAGCUGGAGGAAGUGUGCACACCCGUGACGGUGUUUGUCCUCUGGGAGCCCUGUAUUGGUUUUCCUGUGCACUCCAUGCUGCUAGAGCUGCGUGUCAAGGGAGAAUGCAUAGCCCCCUCAGGAGACUUCUAUUUACAUGCAAUAGGCUUAUAUUCUUAUGACUCACCAGAGCUCUCUCCUUGCUCUGUUUGGGAUGUUCUUGGUGCAGUAUUCCAAGAUACAGGCUAACGCAUUCAUCAUUCACACACACACACACACACACACACACACACACAC